AUGACAAAGGUGAUAAGUCCUAAAGAACGAGAAAAGCAGAUGGAAGAGACCCGCAAAAAGUUCUUCGAAGAAUCAAAAUUUGACCCUUAUAAUCAGCGACUAGGGCUUUUUUCAUUUGUUGGGACUACUGCGAUUUCAGAUGACACUUAUUCAAAAGGUAAAGUCCCAUUAAGAAAUGAAGAUGGCUCAGUUAAAACAGCCCCGAAAAAUUUUUUGACUACCAGAGGUAAGCGUGGGAAAACUCCUGACUGUUAUUUUUCGUCAUAUGAGUAUAUAGAAGAUCGAUAUGACUCUAAAAAGCGAAAUCAAAGUGUCAAGGCAAAAUCUGAACAAAUCAAGAAGAUUCAUGAAAACCCGUGGAAACCUGAUGGUCCUGUAAAGACUGUUUACUCAGUCUACCCUAGUAUGCCUACGAUGAACUUUAAACAAAUUAAAAGAAAACUCCCAGAUGGAGGUGUUUAUACAGAACCCAAAAAUUUUCUUACGAGUCCUCCAAAAAAAGGAGAACCUAACUGCACACCUGGCGUAUUAUUAGGGGAUUAUCCACAUGAGCCAGAUCCGUAUGAUAGAAAAGACCAAAUGGCUAGAGAACAAGCAAGAAAAGAUAAAGCAAAAAUGCAGGAGCAGCCGUUUAAAUCAACAGUUUUUGGGGAAAGGCCUUUUUUUGAUGAUAAAACUACUUAUGGAGGUGAAAACCCUAAGCCAAGAGAUAAGCGACCUGCCACUUUUAAUGGGGUGCAGCAUGACAAGCCAUUCAUCCCUCCUAACCCAAUAAGAGAAGGAAGCACUCUCUCUCCAUUCCCUGAACACAUGCCAGACCCUUAUGAUCCUGCAAAGAAAAAAGACAAAAAAGAAAUAACCCCAUGGAAAACUACAUAUAGAGAAGUGACAAAACCAUGUGUCUCAGUCUCAAGUAUGAUUGUUAAUCUUAGAAGUGAGUAUCCUUCCCUAAGACAUAGAUAA